AUGCCAAAUGAAAGAAUCCCCGACUCAAGUCAAACUCAGGAGCAAGACUGUUCACAGAGCCAGGCUGUCAGUGUCAGUGAAGAGGGGACAAUCAAGCAGAAGGAUGGCGACAUGGACCCGGGGCACAGCCUCCCCUCUUGUUCCUCUGCUAACGGACCCUCCACUUCCACUGAAGGGGGUCUCUUGGAACUUCCCAGGAGAGGGCCAGCCCUGCUGCACAUCGACAGACAUCAGAUCCAGGCGGUGGAGCCCAGCGCGCAGGCCCUGGAGCUGCAGGGGUUGGGUGUAGAUGUGUAUGACCAGGAUGUGCUGGAGCGGGGGGUGCUUCAGCAGGUGGACAGCGCCAUCCACGAGGCCAACCGCGCGGCCCAGCUUGCCGAGGCAGAGAAGGAGUAUCGGUCAGUCCUGGACGACCUCACGUCAUGUACGACAUCCCUAAGACAGAUUGAUAAAAUUAUUGAACAACUUGGCCCUCAAGCUGCCACCAACAAAGAUAUCAACAGGAAACUAGAUUCUGUAAAACGACAGAAGUAUAACAAGGAACAACAGCUGAAGAAGAUCACAGCAAAACAAAAGCGACUCCAGGCCAUCCUUGGAGGAGCAGAGGUAAAAGUUGAACUAGAUCAUGCCAGUCUGGAGGAGGAGGAUGCAGAAGCGGAGCCAUCCUGCCUUGGCAGCAUGCUCAUGCCCGCUCAGGAGACUGCUUGGGAAGAGCUCGUCCGCACUGGCCAGAUGACACCUUUUGGUACCAAGAUCGCUCAGAAGCAGGAGAAAAAACCCAGAAAACUAAUGCUCAAUGAAGCGUCAGGCUUUGAAAAGUAUUUGGCAGAUCAAGCGAAACUGUCCUUUGAAAGAAAGAAGCAAGCCUGUAAUAAAAGAGCAGCUAAAAAAGCUGCGGCCUCGGCCACUCCUGAGCUGAGCUCAACACUCCGUGAAAACAAACCAGACGAGAGAGGCAAAGUUCUAUCGAAAACAGAUAAACGCCUGAAAAAAAAAAUCAAGAAACUCCAGAAGAGGGCUCUUCAGCUCCAGGGGCAGGUGGGAUCGCUAAAGGGAAAGAAACCCUGGGAUUGUGAUGUGAGACCAAAGGCAGAGGGGGACUCGGAGGGUGAAGACUCUGAGUACUUGCCCACGGAGGAGGAGAUGGAGGAGGCGGUGGGUGCCGACCUGCCCGGGGAAGGGACUGGCUGGGAGCAGAGGCUGGUGCUCAGUCGCCGGAAACGGCAGAAGAAAGUCACUGUGCAGGAGAUCGAUGAUGACUUUUUUCCAAGUUCUGGGGAAGAGGCUGAAGCCAUGGGAGGAGGUCGGAAGGUAGUGAGAUGCCGAGAUGAUGGAGAUGAAGAUUAUUAUAAGCAACGAUUAAGGAGAUGGAAGAAACUGAGACUGAAGGACAAAGAGCAGAGUUUGAGGCCUGAAGAUGAUUCUGAGGAAAGUGAUGCUGAAUUUGACGAAGGUUUUAAAAUGCCGGGUUUUCUGUUCAAAAAACUUUUUAAGUACCAGCAGACAGGUGUUAGGUGGCUGUGGGAAUUGCACUGCCAGCAGGCAGGAGGGAUUCUGGGAGACGAAAUGGGAUUGGGCAAGACCAUCCAGAUAAUUGCCUUCUUGGCAGGUCUGAGCUACAGCAAGAUCAGGACUCGUGGUUCAAAUUACAGGUUCGAGGGGUUGGGUCCGACCAUAAUUGUCUGUCCAACAACGGUGAUGCAUCAGUGGGUGAAGGAAUUUCACACAUGGUGGCCUCCAUUCAGAGUGGCAAUUCUGCACGAAACGGGGUCCUUUACCCACAAAAAGGAGAAACUAGUUCGAGAGAUUGCUCAUUGUCACGGGAUUUUGAUCACUUCUUACUCCUACAUUCGACUGAUGCAAGAUGAUAUUAGCAGGCAUGACUGGCACUAUGUGAUCUUGGAUGAGGGACACAAAAUUCGAAAUCCAAAUGCUGCCAUCACCCUUGCUUGCAAACAGUUCCGCACACCUCAUCGCAUCAUCCUGUCUGGCUCACCAAUGCAGAAUAACCUCCGAGAACUGUGGUCUCUCUUUGACUUCAUCUUCCCGGGAAAGCUGGGUACAUUGCCUGUGUUUAUGGAGCAGUUCUCAGUCCCCAUCACCAUGGGGGGUUAUUCAAACGCCUCCCCGGUACAGGUUAAAACUGCUUAUAAGUGUGCGUGCGUCUUACGAGAUACCAUAAAUCCAUACUUACUGCGGAGAAUGAAGUCGGAUGUCAAAAUGAGCCUUUCUUUGCCAGAUAAAAACGAACAGGUCUUGUUUUGCCGUCUUACAGAUGAACAACAUAAAGUCUACCAAAAUUUCAUUGAUUCCAAAGAAGUUUACAGGAUUCUCAAUGGAGAGAUGCAGAUUUUCUCUGGACUUGUAGCCCUAAGAAAAAUCUGCAACCACCCUGAUCUCUUUUCUGGAGGCCCCAAGAAUCUUAAAGGCAUUCCAGACGAGGAACUAGGGGAAGAUCAGUUUGGAUACUGGAAACGUUCUGGGAAAAUGAUAGUUGUUGAGUCCUUGCUGAAAAUAUGGCACAAGCAGGGCCAACGAGUGUUGCUGUUUUCUCAGUCCAGACAGAUGUUGGACAUCCUUGAAGUAUUUCUCAGAGCCCAAAACUAUUCCUAUCUCAAGAUGGAUGGCACCACGGCAAUAGCUUCCAGACAACCACUGAUUACAAGAUACAAUGAGGACACAUCCAUAUUUGUGUUUCUUCUGACCACUCGGGUGGGUGGCCUAGGAGUCAACCUGACGGGCGCAAACCGCGUCAUCAUCUAUGAUCCCGACUGGAACCCAAGCACAGACACGCAGGCCCGGGAGCGAGCGUGGAGGAUAGGCCAGAAGAAGCAGGUGACGGUGUAUAGGCUUCUAACUGCAGGCACCAUUGAAGAAAAGAUUUACCACCGACAAAUCUUCAAGCAGUUUUUGACAAAUAGAGUGCUAAAAGAUCCAAAGCAAAGACGAUUUUUCAAGUCCAAUGAUCUUUAUGAGCUGUUUACUCUGAGUAGUCCUGAUACAUCCCAGAGCACUGAAACAAGCGCUAUUUUUGCAGGAACUGGUUCAGAUGUUCAGACACCCAAACGCCAUUUAAAAAGAAGACUUCAGCCGGCCUGUGGAACAGACCAGAAUGUCCCAGUGGGCAAAAAGUUCCCUGAUUGUAAGACAUCUGCAAAUGAUGCCAUGUCAUCUGAAGAGACAUCUAUAGGAUCAGGCGCUGAAGUGAAUGCAGUAACUUCUGACCAAGGCAUUCCUUUGAAUGAUGCUGCUCAGAUACCUCAUAGUCUAACCAGCAGUGAGAGGCUUGGAGAAGAGACAGAUACAGUCUCCAGACCACAGGAGUCCUUAGCAAGUCAUGAAAACGGGGACAGUUCAGAUUCUCCAAAAAUCAGCAGAACAUAUGGGACGUCUGGUGAGGAAAGCAUCAAUGAAAAGGAGAGUCUUUCUGAUAAAAGAGAAAGCUGCCAGGUUCAGGGAGAACCUCUUUGGGAGAAGGAGCAAACAGAAAAUAAUUUUUAUAAACACAAAUCGAAAAUGAAACAUCACGUGGCAGAAGAGACCAUGGAGAAACACCUGGGGCCGAAUCAAAAGCCGAAGAGCUCUAAGCACCGCAGAGACGCCAAGUUUGAGGGAACUCGAAUUCCACACCUGGUGAAGAAGAGGCAGUACCGGAGGCGAGACAAUGAAAAUGAGAGCGAGGCCAAGGAACGCAGCCAUGACGACUACGUCCUGGCAAAGCUUUUCAGAAAAUCAGUGGGCGUGCACAGUGUCAUGAAGCACGACGCCAUCAUGGAUGGAGCCAGUCCAGACUACGUCCUGGUGGAGGCAGAGGCCAACCGCGUGGCUCAGGAUGCCCUCAAAGCACUGAGACUUUCUCGGCAGCAGUGUCUGGGAGCAGCGUCUGGUGUUCCCACUUGGACUGGCCACAGAGGGCUUGCUGGGGCACCAGCAGGAAAAAAGAGCAGAUUUGGUCAGAAAAGGAACUCCAGUUUCCCUGUGCAGCAUCCCUCUUCAGCAUCUCCAAAGGAAAAAUGCCAGGACGGCGCUGUGAAGAGGGAUGGAAAAGAUCAUGCUUCGGAGCAUUUUAGUGGAAAAGUUGAAGACACAGAGUCUUCAUCCGGGGCCCUCGCUUCGUCCUCACUCUUGGCUAAAAUGAGAGCUAGAAACCACCUGAUUUUGCCAGAGCGCUUAGAAAGUGAAAGCGGGCACCUCCCAGAAGCUGCUGCUCCGCUGCACUGCAGCACAGAACACGAUGACCUUCUGGUGGAUAUGAGAAACUUCAUUGCCUUUCAGGCCCAAGUUGAUGGCCAGGCCAGCACCCGGGAAAUACUGCAGGAGUUCGAGUCCAAGUUAUCAGCAUCACAGUCUUGUGUCUUUAGAGAACUCUUGAGAAGUCUGUGCACUUUUCAUAGAACUUCUGCUGGUGAAGGCAUUUGGAAACUCAAGCCAGAAUACUGCUGA